CAUUACUAGUGUUUACACAUCAAAACUCGCACACACAUGCAGCCACAGUCUCUAGAUUUUAUAUUUAUAAAAGCAAAAAAAUAUAUCUCGUGCACACCCAUAGGCUUAUUAAAUAUGCAUGUUUUCUUGGCUGUGCUAGCAAUGGCUAGCAGUGAGCGUGCGAUGGUGCCAUGUAUGUGUCGGUUACAAUGAACAAGUUAUUUUGCCUUAUUAUUAGUAGGAUUGUGAGUGUGCGAUAGAUAAUAAAGAGGCAGGGGUGAAUAUGGUGCUGGUAGUGACAGGUGUGUCGCGCAACGUCGGUGGCUCGGUUCUUCCUCAAUUUUAACGAAAAUGAGCUAACUUUCCUGUGAUUUUAGUGUAAAAUAUACCCAAAAUCUACAGUAAAUAUGGCGAAAGACGAUGGGGAAGAUCUUUUGCCCGACAAAGAUGCCGCGAAGGGGUUUUACGCAAAGUACGAACCUAAAGAGAUUCUCGGAAGGGGGAUUUCUUCUACUGUGAGACGGUGCAUAGAAAAAGAAACAGGCAUAGAAUAUGCAGCGAAAAUAAUAGACAUAAGUAAUGAACCGCACGACGGCACAGAUGCACACAGUAUGAGGGAAUCGACUAUGCAAGAGGUGCAAAUACUUCGAAGAGUGGCUGGCCACCCUUUCAUAAUUGAACUGCACGACGUGUUUGAAUCUAAUACCUUCAUCUUCCUGAUAUUUGAGCUUUGUAAAAAUGGAGAGCUAUUCGAUUACCUUACAUCAGUUGUUACGCUAUCGGAGAAAAAGACUCGAUAUAUUAUGAGGCAGGUGUUUGAAGGAGUUCAGCACGUUCACAAUCAGAAAAUUGUGCACCGAGAUUUGAAACCAGAGAACAUUCUGCUGGAUGACAGCCUCAACGUCAAAAUCACGGACUUUGGUUUUGCUAGAAUUUUAGAGCCUGGUGACAAACUUUUCGAUCUAUGUGGAACCCCGGGUUAUUUAGCUCCAGAGGUGCUUAAGUGUAAUAUGUUUGAAAAUGCCGAAGGUUACGGUCAAGAGGUAGACGUCUGGGCCUGCGGGGUUAUUAUGUUUACUCUAUUGGUUGGAUGUCCACCCUUUUGGCAUCGGAAGCAAAUGGUUAUGCUUAGAAAUAUCAUGGAGGGCAAAUUCUCAUUUACAUCUCCAGAAUGGGCAGAUAUAACUGACGCUCCAAAGGAUUUAAUUAGUAAAUUGUUAGUCGUCGAUCCAAAGAAAAGGAUCUGCAUACGUGAAGCGCUGGAGCACUCGUUCUUCCACACAGUGCUGUGGGACCAAGACAUCGCUCCCCUAAAGCGUUCACUGUCAACUAAUUCGCGGCGUCUGAGUAGGAUAUCUCAGUUAGCUUUGGAACUCAAGGCAAAGUCAUUUAAUGCAAGGAAGCGAUUUCAACUAGCAAUUCUUUGCGUGCGAGCGGUUAUUCGCAUUAAAAGAUUGCACACAACUCCAGAGGCUCUCUCCAUUAGCGUGGCAUGUGAAGAUCCGUACAGAAUCAAGAUUUUGCGCAAGGUUAUCGAUGGUUGCGCGUUCAGAGUAUACGGUCAUUGGGUUAAGAAAGGCGAAGGACAAAAUAGAGCAGCACUUUUCGAGAAUACACCAAAGACCGACCUGAAACACCUUUAUGUCACCAACUUGAGUAGAUAGCCAACAUUGCAGUCGACCGAAACUUAGUUGAAUUUCUCACCACUUUGUCUAUUAUUAACUACUUUUUUCUAUUAGAGAAUUUUCUAAUAACUAAUUGUAAACAAUUUUCGUGCAUGUAAACAUAAAGAAGAUGGUGCGAUUGAAGAACUUCCGAAGAAUAAUUUUGUGGCCUCUCGUUAGUCCUUAGGACAUGUGAUAUUUCCUUGACAAAUUUCGUGUUCGAAUUUCUAAAUGCAGAUAAGAGCAGAAAGCGUAUAUAAAUAUUAUGCAAUGCGAUUUUGGACUAGUCCACCAACUUAAAGUAUCGAAACUACGCAAUCGCCUAGCAAAAAUGUACUCCUGGCCAUCACUCGAUGAUAAAAAUGUGAUUUGGAUCUUAUAAUUUUAUAGAACGAGUAGUGAUCAGUGAGUGAAUUGAGUUUUAAAGGAAAUGUUUGAGUCUUGCACAAGUGUUUCAAACUUUUGCAUAAUCUAUUUAAAAUUUCUACUAGGUGCUAUAACUUACUUUGCAAAGAUGUUAUUAAGUAUGUAAUUGCUGGUUUGAGUCAGCAUUAAUUAAACCUAAUGAAAAUUCGUAGGCUGAGAAAAUAUUUUUAAUGCUUUAAAACGAUAUUGCUGUCAUUUUACAAUAGAUCUCUGAAAAAAUAUUGAGCAUAUAAAAACGUAAAUGAGCCAUAGGUUAUAUAGUGACAAUAGAAGAUUAAAAACCUCAUUAAAAGCUUUAUUGGAAAUUCUCCAAGGUUUUUCCUUUGAAUUAUUAAUAAAACAAAAUACA